CCAUCCCGAGUCUUUUUUCAGUGUGGGUUUGAGUGAUUCCGUUUGACGCGUCCCGCUGGUAUCUUCAUUCCAUCACAAAUCCCCUCGGCUAGUGUGGGGUCGACGCGAUAUGGGAGACGGAUCUGACUAUCCUAGUCCCCGAAGUGAAGCUCCGCACGGGGCUACUGCUGCCUCUGCCCUUGCCUCUGCUACAGAGACCCUGUCCUCAAUUGCCAGAAUGAACGAGCCCAUGAGCUAUAUGGAGGGCACGCGCCCGCGCCUCUCCGUACGACGCGCCCGCGACCCCCCCAAGAACUCCGAGAACCAGAUCUUCUGCGACCAUCCCGAUUGCCAGGCCGCGCCACCCACUUUCCGUCGCCCCUGUGAAUGGAACAAACACAUGGAUAAACACGAUCGCCCCUACAAGUGCUUCGAGCCCGGCUGCGACAAGAUUCAAGGCUUCACCUACUCAGGCGGUCUUCUGCGCCACCAGCGCGAAGUCCACAAGAAGAACACCGACGCCAAGAAGCCUCUCAUGUGCCCCUAUGCCGACUGCAACCGAAGCACCGGCAACGGGUUCACACGCCAGGAGAACCUUCGAGAACAUCUUCGACGUCGCCACAUGCAUGCUGACGAUGGUACCCCACAGGUCAUGGUUGACAUGCCUUGGGAACGCGCCAAUGAGCUUGAGGGUCUGCGUGCCAACUCUCUUCCCGCCACCGGGAUAAAGCGCAAGCAUGACUCGCCCAACGGCGAUCUUCCCGAGUCGGAUGAGGUCGGCCCUGAGCUGCACAAUGAAGUUAAGCGGCUGCGCCGCGAGGUCCAGGAGAAGGACCGUCGCCUGGAAGAGUUGGAGCGCAUCGUCGCCGGUCUGCAGCAGGCCCUUCCCCAGCCGACCGGACCCGAGCCCGAGUCGCAGUCCAUCUCACAGGGCAUCUCCGCCGUCCCCCAGACUGCUGCCCCCCAAGUUUGA